ACCACUUUAUUAUUAUAACAACCAACUUUCAAACACAACUAUCAUCAAUGGCUACACAACCAAAACACCAAAGAAAACUCAACCUUGAUGCACCAUUACUAUCAACCAGACGGCCCAACGCCCCGAUCAUCCACCCGCGAGCCGCAUCAUGGGACUCGCGUAACCGUGUUCCCUUUUCAUGGGAACUUUCAGCUGGUAAACCAAAAGACAUAGGAACUCAACUUGAUGACGAGUUUACGGUCCCACCGCCACGUCCACCACCCGGAAGGAAGGUUGUGGAACAAGAAUACGACGGGGAUGAUGAUUUCUCGGACGCGAUGGACACGUUUUCGUUGUCGGCUGCUAUUGACAUGGUGGAGUCUGCCGAGAUGGCGAAACGGAAUAGUAAUAUGUUGGAUGGAGUGGAGUUGGAUUCUGGUGGGAAUCAGUCACCUAGUUUUAUUAUUCAACGGUUUCUUUCGGAUGCUAAAGCGCUUGCUCUUUCGUCUGGGCUUCCUAUUCCGAAGAGUAUUAGUAAUCAACGCGAUAAGUGUAAGACGCAAAUGAUCAAUAGUUCGCCGAAAGGGUGUGGGCUUGGGCUAGAUGGGCUGUUCCCGUGGCGUACGAAGCACAAGCAUAAGCAUAAGCCGCCGUGUGGGGUUAAAAGCCCGGUUAGAGUGACUUCUGCAAGCGUUAAGUCUCAAUGGGGAUGGAAACCGAGACCAAAGUAGGAAUAGGAAAAAAUCUUGAUUGGUUGAUAGUUUUAGUGAAAACUG